AUGAGCCGCGAGAAACAAAGUAUUAAUCUCUCGGACACUACACAAGCUGUGGCUAAUCCGCCACCACACAAACGCAGGAGGCAUAAAUCGAGGGAAAUUGAUUAUACAGGACAUCUCCCAAUUAUGACAGUUAAACAACGUAAUCGACAAACUAUAACCAGACCCAAAAAGAUUUGUAAGAAAUGCCAACAACGGGAAAAGGAGCUUGAAACCGUGGAAAGUAAGUUAGAAAAAGUUGAAAAGUUGGUGGAUGAGCUAAAGAUGAGCAUAGACGACGUUCACGAAGAAGUCAAAGAAGAAGGGAGCAGUAACAAUAACGCAAUGUUUGCUGGCUGGACAACAGAAAACCUAACCAGUUUUGCGAGCCAAAUAAGUUUAACACUUGCGACUCGUGCGAAUAAACAACAACUAAGGCGAUAUUCUCUCAAGUGUAACGAUCAAGAGGAGAAAUUGACAGAUAUUGAGAUAGCGCGGUUGCUUCUUCGCCUUAAGCAAAUCUAA